GUGGUCAUAAGGAAGCGGCGAUGUGUUUACCUAUGUGUCAUCCGCAGACUGCGACAGCAAUCGUCUUUUAUUUUACGAUGUAAACAAAUAAUAUGACCCCGCGUCUGCUCUCUACUCGCUUUUUAUGAGUGUGAUGUACCCUUCCGCUGCUCCUGUGCGAACGUGAACGCAUCACCAUGGCAUCUUCUAGUUACACCUGCAUCCAAGACAGCGCCACAGAGAAGGACAAGCUGCUCUCCUCUGUAUCAGGCUAUGGCUCCCAGGAUCUUCUUGGAAGUGGCAGCUCCCGCCCUCCUACCCUGGUGGGCUCCAAGCUCCUCCAGCAGGAGGAAGAAGGAGAGGAGGAGGCCCUGAGGAGGAAACUCAAGUAUUUCUUCAUGAGCCCUUGUGACAAGUAUCAUGCAAAGGGGCGCAAGCCUUUCAAACUUGGCCUGCAGCUGCUGAAAAUCAUCAUUGUGACUGUGCAGUUGGUGAUGUUUGGACUGAGUAACCAGAUGGUUGUGACGUUUCAAGAGGAAAACACAGCGGCAUUCAAGCACCUUUUCCUGAAGGGCUACAAGGACAAGAAUCCCCACGCUGUCCACACACAGAUGGAGAUGUACAGGCACAUCAACUUUGCCAUAGAGCAGUACUUGGCUCUACCUCAGAUCUCACUGGGACGGUACGCUUAUGUGCCGGGUGUCGGCGUUAACGGAAGCGCGCUCUCCCUCUGUCAGAGGUACUUUAGGAGGGGCACCAUCGACCCCGUCAAUGACACGUUUGACAUCGACCCACAUGUUGUCACAGAUUGUAUUGGACUGGACCCACUGACGUACAGCGCUGCUCCAGGAAACAGUGACUACAAGAAUUUCACUCUCCUGUUUUACAAGCUGAUCAAUGUCACCAUUGACUUCCAGCUGAAGGCCAUCAACAUUCAGACCAUUAUAAAUAAUGAAAUCCCGGACUGCUACACCUUUGCUAUCACAAUUGUGAUGGAUAACAGGGCGCACAGCGGUAAAGUUACGAUCAGUCUUCAGAACCGUGCCUCCAUUAAGGAGUGUAAAGACCCUAAUGUGACUGGACGUGCCGAGAAUUAUGCGCAGGAGUUCUUUGAUGUGCUGGUGGCCAUCGUCUGCGUGCUGUCCUUGCUGCUGUGUGGACGCUCCAUCCUCAGAGGCAUCCUCCUGCAGCAUGAGUACGUGCAGUUUUUCAAUCACAAACUGGGCCGCAGCGUGAGCUGGGGAGACAGGAUGGAGUUCAUCAACGGCUGGUACAUUCUGCUCAUCGUCAGUGACACGUUCACCAUCAUCGGCAGCUUCAUCAAAAUUGGGAUAGAGUCCAAGAAUCUGUCAUCAUAUGAUGUUUGUGGGAUCUUGCUGGGAACAUCCACUCUGCUGGUGUGGGUGGGAGUCAUCCGCUACCUCAGCUUCUUUCAGAAAUACAAUAUCCUGAUUGUGACUCUAAGAGCUGCUUUUCCCAAUGUCAUCCGCUUCUGCUGCUGUGCGGCCGCCAUUUAUUUGGGAUAUUGCUUCUGUGGCUGGAUAGUGCUGGGGCCCUACCAUGCAAAGUUUCGCUCCCUGUCCAUGGUGUCAGAGUGCCUGUUUUCUCUGAUCAAUGGAGACGACAUGUUUGUAACAUUCGCUGAGAUGGAGCACAGCAGCACGCUGGUGUGGACCUUCAGCCAGAUCUACCUUUACACCUUCAUCUCCCUCUUCAUCUACAUGGUGCUGUCACUCUUCAUCGCACUCAUCACCGGAGCUUAUGACACCAUCAUGGCCCAAACACAGGAGCAGGCACACAUCACAGAUCUACAUGCAUUCAUUGCACAGUGCAUGGACACGCCCAGUUCUGGCAAGUUCCGUGCACCCGAAGCCUCAUCGUGCUCCUUCCUCUGCUGCUGUGAGUGGUGAGGACAGUGACCUAGUAGAAGCACAGAGGGAGUAAGCAGUGUGUACAUUGAAGGACAUGGGAGUCUUUCUUUCCCUCCAUCUUUAAAUCUUUUGUCCCCUGCUGACCCUGUUUGAAUUUUGCAUUUUAAUUUGUGCUGGAACGGUAGAUUGCACUGAACACUUAAAGGCCCAAUUACCUGCUUCAGCUUUUGUACUGUACUGUAUGAAUAAUUUAUUGUCUUUCUGACUUGUCAGGUUGGUCAGGCUUUGAUGGCUAGAAGCAUAAUGUCGGUAAACAAAGGCUGGACACCGGGUCUGUCGGGUCAAAUUAGGAUGCAUUUUCGCUUGAAUGAUCAACCAUUUACAGGGUUUUCAUGAUCAUUUUAUUGUUCGCAUGGCUACUUAGGCAAAAGGAUUUUUAUACGUCUUGAUUAUGUAAAUAUAUGUAUGUCUUGUGGAAUUUAGGCAUAAGGGUGAAGUCAGGCAAACUGGAAAAAAAAAAGAUUGAUCAUUAACUGCAGUACAUGUGCUUUGGCUAACAGUCAAGGCCAUUCUUUCACUCCAGUUCAGUUUGCUUGCUCCUCAUCUCCAUUGUUCACGUCCUCCUGUGACUGGAAGGAGAUGAUAGCCGUGUGAGGAAGGACAAGCCCUACGGCCAACCGGCUAGUCAUCAAUAUGUAUGAACCGUUUUCGCUAUAAGGUGGCAGGUGUAGGUCUGUGCUAAUGCACUGCAAGGCAGGGCGUGUGAGGUUAAUGUGCUGCCUUACAAACACACAGUAACUACUGAAGAUGAUAAAUAAUUUUAUGCCUUUUUAUGUUAAUUGGUAGUAGACCUUUUUCACAGCAGCCUUUUAGCAAUGAAAUAUGUAAAUGUAGGCAUUGUCUAAUGACAUCAGUGAUUUUUUU